AUGUGUUAUCCUAUGGUUAUAGCACGUUUUCUAAUGACAAAUGCAAUUAAUCAAUUACUUAGAUAUCAAAAUCAAAAUGCUAGUACACAUUUAAUAAUUGAUUAUCUUGAUUUAAUAAAAAAAAUUAUUCAAUUACUUCGUUAUUCAAAUUUAUUUGAUUUUGAUCAAUUAUUAAUUUCAAUUCAAAUUGGAUCUAUAGAAAAAUCUUGUGUUAGUGAAGCCUUAAAAGCAGUACAAUAUGAAACAAUAUCAUGUUUAUCAAAAUUAACAUUUGAUCGUUUAGCUCAAGCAUUAACUGGAAUACAAAUUGUUUGUUAUUUUUGGCUUUUAUAUAGUCUUAAAAAAUAUAUUAAUACAAAUGAAAGUGAUUUUCAAGCUGCUAUACUCGAUGUACUUGUUCAAUUACUUUUAAUUCGUCAUUUUAUUUAUUGUAUUGCUGAAUUUCUUGUUAUGUUACCACAUGAUACACUUCAUUCAAAACAAGUUAUUAAAGUACAAGAUUUAAUAAAACAUUAUGAUUCAUCAUUAGCAAGUGAACAUGAACCUGAAACACAGGGUUUGGCAGCAUUAGAACCAGUUUUAUAUGAUUUUUUUUCUUGUUUAAGUUAUGCGAAUAAUUAA